GACGGUUGCCCCUCGAAAAACAAAGAAAGGCCAAACGAAAUGGAGAGCGAAGGAAACGGACCUGACUACAAACAGGCCUCAGUUGGCUUUGCACCUGCACCACAGCAGCCAGGAUAUCCUCAGGUGGGAUAUCCCCAGCCAGGAUAUCCACCUCCAGGAUAUCCUCAACCUGGAUUUCAUCAACCAGGAUAUCCACAGCCUGGGAAUUCAUGGAAUCCCCCACAGCCAGGAUUUUCCGGGUACCCACCACCACCACACCACGGAUACCCACCACAGUACUAUGGCGCACCACCAGGUUAUGGAGCAACGGCACCACCACCACUACCACCUCCACCACCAUUUGCUCCCCAGCAAACCACCACUGUGGUGGCAAAUACUACCUGGUACAGUCGUAAUCAGAAGAACAAACCACAAUCAAAUGCCGUUGGCGCAGCGAGUCUCAUCUUCAUCUCUGGAGGAAUGAACAUUGCGUGGAGCAUUGGAUUCCAUGGAAAACUCUACUAUCAUACAUCCACGCACAAUUUUGUGGCCUGGUUUAUUGGUGCCAUCAUUGGAGCGUUCCUCAGUUGUUUUCUGACCAACAAAAUAGCCAAGAAACAUGUGGUGAUUUUCAGUUCGAUUCUGGUGAUGAUUGGUGGUAUAGUCAAUGCCAGUACCAGAAUGAAUGGCGAUGCCGCGUUGGCAGGCUCCUAUCUGGAUGGAAUAGCCAAUGGACUGGUAUUCGCUCCAUUUAUGGCCCUGACUGGAGAGAUUUGUGUGUCCACCAUGAGGGGUCUGAUGGCAGCCAGCAUUGAACAGAUGUGCUUUGGCCUGGGAAUCUUCGUGCAGAUCAUCUACUCCUCAUCCUGGAACGCCUCGACUUCUUACCCACCGAGAAACUCCUUUUCUGCUGAGAAUAUGAAGGGAGUGCUGAGCAUCAUCUAUGGCCUAUUUGCAUUGAUUAUUGGCUCACUGCUUUGCAUUGAAUCUCCGGUGAUAAUGCUGGCCAAAUACAACGACGAACAGGGUGCCAUCGAUGCCCUGCGACGACUGCAGAGGCCCUACACCUUGACCAACGAAACCUUCGAGCAGCUGGCGGAGCACAAAAGGUACUUGGCCCAGAACAAGGAGCUUUCCCUGGGCCAGAGCAUCCUGCAGGCCAUUCCCACCUUCAUCCGGCUGGCCUUUCUAAGGGGCUUGAAUGCCAUGAGCAUUUCCAGCUUUGUCUUCUUCACCCUUUUAUUUUCUGCCAGAACUCAGUAUGGAAAUGUGUCCGUGGGUUGGCUCAUUGGAUUCGGAGUCUGCCGCUGGAUGGGCAACUUCAUAGCCACCUUCUGCAUGGAAUCGGGUGGUCGCAAGAAGUUCACCCUAGUGGGACUUUUCCUUUGCAGUGUAUUGGCCUUCAUCAUCGCAGGCCAGUACAACAUAUACUCCUAUCAGUACUAUACCGGCAACACCAUUAUGCUGCUGGUCCUUGAAUUCUUCGCGGGAAUCGCCUUUACGGCCACUUCGCCUUACCUCACGGAAGCAUAUCCCCUGGGAGUUAAGCAGCACUUCAUUGCCUUCACUUUCAUCGUGGAGAUGCUAGUGUUCAUAUUGCUGGCCACGAUCACUUGGGACGUUUCGGCAGGAGCCAUUUACUUCUAUGUCUUGGGAGGACUCUAUAUGUUCGGCUCUUUCUUCGGCAUUCUCUGCCUACCGGAGACCAGAAGGAUGACUUUGAGAGAGGCCCAGGAGAAGUUCAGCAGAUUCAUCAACAUCGCUUUCUAGUUGGAAAUACCGUUUAUACGCUAAGUCACUAGAGAUAAUAAAUAUUUAUAGCUGCCACACAGCAA